AUGCAAAAAUGGCGUUGCAGAUUGGUUGUAUGUUCACGUUUUCCAUCAUAUCAAUUUCAUGGCCGUUUGUGGCCGGAAAAGGAAUCGAAUCAGUUGAAAGAGUUGAACAGAUUCGACAGCUGCUAGAGAAACUGGGUAGCCUAGAUGAAGAACCAAGUAUGUGGCAUGCCAGCGUGGAAGAGCAUAACAUUGUGGAGGCGAAGCCGUCUGUCCCUAACUCCGCAUGGAGUGUCAAUAGCCAUGGCGUAGUGGAUAUAUCGUACAACAGGAACACUGUUGACAACACUACACAAAAAGUUCUGACGACACAAAACAAAUUUCACGUAGCGCGAAAUACAACCUUAACGAGUUCUGGGAUGUUUCAGGGAAAACCGCUAAUUGACGUUCAUGACUCGGCCUUAUGGUUGGGCGCCGGUCUAGGAGCUCUUGCGAGCCUGUCUAUACUAGUGCUGAGUUUGCUGGUGUGGAGACUAACCAGGCGAUACUACAGACGGAAGCGAUGUAUAGAUUUGACCGAGCUGAGUUUAUGUUCUAUGAAGGAGAAGUCUCGCCCAGGUCCAGUGUACGUAAGAUUGUCACAGCUCCACAACCCGCGAAAACUUAGCAAAGAUUCGCAUUACGUGGUCAGUGUAUUAGACGAAUCCAACAACUUUUCAAUCGACAGCGAAAGUGAAAGUAGCAGUUCGGAAGAGGAAAUUUUCAAUGCAUCCGGAUAUAAAUCUUCCGAUGACUCGUUUAUGCAGUGCUACAGUGGUGCCAGAGUAAACCUGACAUCGACGCCGAUUAAACUGUCACCUACCAGUGCUAUUCGAGACCCGCCUGUCACACCGCAAAGACCACGGUCAAACUGCCACAGACCACUUCCCAUCUCUCCACUCGCGUGGAGCAUGCCUUAUAACACUCCCCCUUCAGCAGAAAAACUACCAAAGUACACACCAUGAAAAACAAAACAGUCAUGUAUGUUAAUGACAACGAUAGCGCGCGUAUUGUCAGAUUUUGACUUUGAUAGUUGUGCAUUCUUUGGAGAAGAUGGAAAUCCUAUAAAUGGGCCCACAAUGUAUCUAAAAAUGGAAACGAAAGCAGACAUGAUGAGAGUGGAAACAGAAACUUGAAAAUUAUGGGUUGAACAUCUCUCUAGGACGAAAGAAAACAUGUAAAUACAUCCAUCCGCACAGUCCAUCGUUACCUGCGAGUGUGAUCCGACGCGAAUGAAUACACAUUGGUUUACCAAGUUUUAAAAACCACACCGCCACUAUUCUAUUCUUAAAUUUCAAUAUGACAUAAAUAAACAUAUUUAGGUUCAUGUGAAAUAAAGGCUCGGACAUAUAAUAAUUUACACAGAGAAGGAGAAGUGCAAACAUAACCCAUAGAGAGGAAUAUGUUAGGGACAGGUACCCGUUUUGUAUCAGACAAAGGAAGAACAAAUCAUUCUCUUCACUGGUAUAUUUUCAUCAAAUUGGAUUUAGUAAUAUCAGACAGUCGUCUCAUGCUUGUAUCUUGUCCAAAUCCGAACAGGAAUAUUAGUUCUAACAAUUGAAGGAACGAUUGUUAUGAUUUUUUACAGUUAUGAUAUCAUUCCUACCAUUCAUAUACAUAAAGUAAAGAAUCCAAUAUCACAUUAUGAAUUUAACAAUUUUCGCAAUCAGAAAAUAUAUAAAAAUGAUAUA